AUGGCAUCCAUACGAAUGACCAAUAAUUCAAAAUAUGGAUCUUUUGAAGCGGAUGUAGACCCAUUUCAACCGGAAGCUCAGCAACACCGUUCACGAAGUCAAAGUGAAAGUACCGUGGAAACGCAACAGAAUAUACAACAUGAUACUGAUAGUCUCUUGGGACCUAUAAGUGUCAAAAGGCCUACAUCAUGGGUAAACUAUGGCUCACUUUUACUAGAAAAUAAAGGCUCUGUUGCUCGUGACCAUCUUGCUUCAGAGCGUACGUUUUUGGCCUGGCUGAGGACAUCAUUGAGUUUGGCUUCUGUCGGUGUAGGUAUUGCUCAAUUACUCAAACUAAGUGUGAAAGAUGGCGAUUCGGAUUUUCCAUCACGAAUGAGUAAGGGUUUAGGUCUUUGUUUCAUAGCCAUUGCAUUGUUGACAUUAUUGAUUGGAACCUUGAGAUACUUUGUGGUGCAGAAAUUACUCACUUAUAAUGAAUUUCCUGCAAGCAGACUUGGUAUCGGGCUAAUACUGGGCUCUGUGUGUACAUUGUCAAUAGCCGUUUUCAUAAUCAUUAUGACCAUUUGA